CAUAUAUACAGCCAGCCAGCCAUUUAUAUAAGUAUAACAAACCUCUUCGCCCUGUAUCACUGAACCUAUUGGCUAGUACUACCCAAAAGAAAAGCAAAAAAAUAAAAUAAAAAAUGGCAUUAUCACCAUGCUCAUCUCUAACAAUUAAGGUGGACCGGUAUGAGCCAGUGCUUGUUAAACCCUCAAAACCAACACCUAAAGAGAUAAAACUAUUAUCAGAUAUAGAUGAUCAAGAAGGGCUGAGAUUUCAUGUUCCUGUGAUAUUCUUUUACAAGAAUAAUAACAACCCUUCAGUGAAAUUAGGGCAAGACCCCAACAGGGUCAUUAGGGAAGCACUAGGUAGAGCUCUAGUGUACUACUACCCGUUUGCCGGAAGGCUUAGGGAAGGUUCCAACGGGAAGCUCAUGGUGGAUUGCACCGGUGAAGGGGUCUUGUUCGUGGCGGCUAAGGCGGAUGUCGGGUUCGAUCAACUCGGAGAUGCAAUCCGACCACCAUCUCCAUUCCUAGAUCAGUUCUUGUAUAAUGUUCCUGGAUCGGAUGGUAUUCUUGGCUGUCCAUUGUUGUUGAUUCAGGUGACUCAGCUAAAAUGCGAGGGUUUUGUCUUGGCUGUACGCGUGAACCACACAAUGUGUGACGCAUUUGGGUUGGUCCAGUUCUUGAACACAAUUGCAGAAAUGGCACGUGGCAUAAAUAUUCCAUCUAUUCCUCCUGUUUGGCAACGAGAAAUCUUAAACGCCCGAAACCCACCAAGAAUAAAUUAUCCACAUCAAGAAUUCCAUGAAGUACCUACUAAUUCCAAGGGCCCAAACAUGAUCAUGGAUCCAAACGACGUCGUUCAAAGCUCAUUCUUCUUCAGCUCCAACCAAAUCAGGAACAUGAAAAAACGGCUUCCUAAACAUCUCCAAAACUGCUCGCGCUUUGAUUUAAUCACGGCAUGUUUAUGGAAAUGUCGGACGAUUGCACUUGAACUUGACCCAAAAGAAAUUGUUCUUGUUUCUUGCAUAGUAAGGUUACGUGGAAACAACAACGCUAAAAAUCUCAGUCUCCCAUUGGGAUACUACGGUAAUGCGUUCGCUUACCCGGCUGUGGUUUUGAAGCCUAGGGUUUUGUGCGAAAGCUCGUUAGGACACGUAGUAGAGUUGGUGAAGAAGGCCAAGGCGGAAAUGAGUGAGGACUAUAUAAAAUCCGUUGCCGAUCUGAUGGUGACUAGAGGACGGCCUUUGCACGCGGUUUCGGGGAACUAUUUUGUCUCGGAUAAUACACGUGUGGGGUAUGGGGAGAUCGAUUUUGGGUGGGGUUUGCCGGUGUUCGGCGGACCUGCGAAGGCGUUGUCUUUUAUUAGCUUUUAUGUUGAGUACGAGGAGAAAGGGGAGAAAGGGGUGGUGGUGCCGAUAUGCUUGCCGACGGUGCGUGCUAUGGAUAGGUUUGAGCAAGAGUUGAAGAAGAUGAUUGAUAUUCAUGAAGAAAAGUCUUCUACGACGUAUUAAUUCAAGGAAUUAAAAUUUGUAUCCUCGCUUUAAAUGGAGAGUCUUUCUUUGAAUUGAAGCCUCAAGAUUCGUAUAGAAAAUAGUUAUUUGUUAUAAUAAUUGUAGAGGGAAAGCAUUAUGUAAAAUAAAGGUCUCAUAUA